UUCUCAAACUCCUCAAACCAAUCCAUUAACCACACUUGCAACAGUGCCUAGUGAGUGAGUAUAGAGCACAAACCAAAGAUGGCGAAGGAUACUGAGGUUCAAGAACAGGGUGAAUACUCUGCAAAAGACUACCAGGAUCCACCUCCGACUCCGCUUUUCGACCCGGAGGAGCUGACAAAGUGGUCCUUCUACAGAGCUCUCAUAGCUGAGUUCAUAGCCACACUUCUCUUCCUUUAUGUAACGGUUUUAACUGUCAUUGGCCACAGCAGGCUCAACAGUGCUGAUCCUUGUGAUGGUGCUGGCAUCUUGGGUAUUGCUUGGGCCUUUGGUGGCAUGAUCUUCAUCCUUGUUUACUGCACCGCCGGUAUCUCUGGAGGACACAUAAACCCUGCAGUGACAUUUGGGCUGUUCAUAGGACGCAAGGUGUCUUUGAUAAGGGCACUUCUAUACAUAGUAGCACAGUGUUUAGGUGCAAUCAGUGGUGUUGGAUUGGCCAAGGCCUUCCAAAAAUCAUUCUACAACAGGUACGGUGGCGCUGCCAAUUUUGUGCAACCUGGUUACAGCAACGGCACCGCUUUGGGUGCUGAGAUUAUUGGCACCUUCGUUCUUGUCUACACUGUUUUCUCUGCCACUGAUCCUAAGAGAAACGCUAGGGAUUCCCAUGUUCCUGUUUUGGCUCCACUUCCUAUUGGAUUUGCUGUGUUCAUGGUUCACUUGGCUACAAUCCCUGUUACUGGUACUGGAAUUAACCCAGCAAGGAGUUUUGGAGCUGCUGUCAUCUACAACGAAGACAAAAUCUGGGAUGACCAUUGGAUUUUCUGGGUUGGACCAUUUAUUGGAGCUCUAGCAGCUGCAAUCUACCACCAAUACAUUCUCAGAGCAGCAGCUAUCAAAGCUCUUGGAUCCUUCAGGAGCAACAAUUAAGCACUUAAAUUAAGCUAUGGUGUUAAUUUCCCCCAAAAGAAUAAUGAUUCCCAUGGUAUUAUGCUGAGGAGUGCAAGCCUGUCCCUGCUGGUCCCUUUAGGCCUUAUCUAAGUCUUUUCCUGUUCAGCUGCAGCUGUGUAGAGAAAAAAGGCUAAACACAAGGGACCAUGAAAUUGUAGAUAAGAAUGCUUGUGUCCAAGGGUGUAUUUUUAUCCCUUUUGUGUCUUUUCUUAAAUUUUAAUGUAUGUAUUUGUCAAGUGUUGAUUUUC